AAUUAGUAUAAACGCUACCAUAGCAUCAUGGCUGCGCCUAUUUACAAUGUUCAUUGAUACACCCACAAUCGCUGUCUCUUCGCUAUUAGUCUCAAUUUCAUAAUUUGAGGGUCAUAAUUGGUUUAUAAAACAGAUACAUACGUAUAAAAAGACGCCAGAUUAUACGUUCAAUACAACUUUUAUUUGAUGUAAUGGCAGAAGGCACAAAAUCACAAAUGGAAGACUUAAAUGGAGCAGCGGGAGACAAUGAUGAACCAGUUUUCGAUGAUAUAGAAAUGGCUCGAACUGGAAUUAAUAUGCUAUUAAAUAAUGGCUUCGAUGAAGCAUUUGCUCUUUUCGACAAAUAUAAGUAAGAAUGUUUUGGUAAUGCUGGAGUUUAACGUCCCCAAUUAUCUCUUGUUUUCUUCUUACUUUACUUCAUGUUUUCUGUGUCAGUAGCUAGUUUUUCAAAAAUGUAAAAGUUGUACUACAAUAAUCAAUAAUAAAAUAAACCAUGGGUGCUAUGGCCCAUGGCCGACAGACCAAUAUUAAGAACUAAGCUAGUUGGCUAAGUUGCAGUUGUGAUCUAGUAAAACUUUAUUUCCAUCAUAUCUAGAUGAGUUUGUGUACAGAAAUCGUAUCAGACAUGAGUAAAUUUUAAGGACGAAUGCCACUAUUUUAUCGAAUUUCACGAAUGUAUCCCUAAAUCGAUCCCUAUGCCUAACCUGAACCCUAAAUCAAUCCCUAUGCCUAACCUGAACCCUAAAUUGAUCCCUAUGCCUAAUCUGAACCCUAAAUCGAUCCCUCAACCUCACCUAAACCCUAAUUCACUGCAACUAUAAUAAACACACAAAAGACGCCGUGGCAUCCCUCCUUAAUUUUAGCCCAGACAUGGACAUAUCUUCGGGAAAUUCUUAAGUGCUGAGACUGAGAGUUAAAUUACAUUGUCAUUGUCUGAUAAAACAUAUAUUAAUAAAUUGGUACAAAAUGAAAUUGUGAUGGUCCUAUUAAUAUCUGUUUUAUGUUAAUUUAUUUGCUCUUUUAUUGUCUAACAGAAGAAACAAUUAAACAUGACCACAUGAUAGAAAUUAAUAGCAUAGGCAUAUGGACCAUGGAUAGGGGCAGGGGUAGGCUACUUCAUUUUUCAACCAAUCAAAAGCAGGACUUUUAGCAUAAAGCUCCCCCCCCGGUGUUCAUCUUGGAUGUGUUUCUUUUUUCAUUUCUUUUGAACCUUGUGGGUUGAAUAUUAAUAAAAGUAAAUGGAAAUUUCAUUUAAUAUACUUCAUUUUAAUUGUGUCGAUUGUCAGAUUUAGUUUAUAAUGCAAGUAAUGCGAAAGUUCACACACACCGUUUAGUCUAUUCACUUUAAGUCCAGUGCUUAGGGUGAGACCACUCAGUCAUGGGUCAGCAACCUUUUUUGAGUGAAAACCCAUUUUAUAAAUUAUAUCUGCUAAAGAAAACGUGAGGGCCAGCAGGCAGGGCGGAAUGUUUAAAGACUGGCACAUUUUCACUCUUGUAAAGGUUAAAAAUUGCUAAAACUUGGCACCCAUCAUAGGCUAAUUUAGUUAUGUGAUGUAUUUUUACAAUAAUACUCCUGUACUAAUCAAAGUUUUAAAAUAAAUCAAACCUAUUUAAAUUAUCACCUACAGAAAUGAAAGUCCCCUGAUGCACUCUGGAUACAGUUUUGUCUUCUUUAUGGUAACUUGAAACUUACUCAUCUAUAUAUCUUUAAGAAAUCAUAAUUAUGACAGAAAUCAUCUUUCUCACCAUUUCUUUUAGCUAGUGUCAACUGGAUUUAUAGGCUAUAAUUAAUGCUGUAGCAAAACAUCUUGUAACAAUACCAAAGCAUCUGUGAUAACUAUCAAAGAAAGUGACCCAUGUUGUUAUCACUUCUUUUCUCAGCAAGCACUGAUGUCAUUUGAAGAAGAGAAGCUUGGAGAGGCUCACAAGGUUUUGCAAGAGACUGAAAAAAAAUGUGCCUCCAAUGAUGGUUUUGUGAAAUCUUUCAAAAAGAAAUUUUCAAAGUCAAAGAAGAAGAAGGUGAGGACCACUACAAGGCAUAGCCUAAAUUAUUUUCAAUAGUCCUGGUUCUGUGGUUUUUAUUGAAAUUUUCACUUGGCAUUUUGUAGACUUAUUUUUGACAAUACCAAUGAAUAAAUUAAAAUAAUAUGAAUAUUAUAUGUCAAUUUAAUCCUUAACUCAUUUUUGGAUUUAAGACACAGUCCAACUAAAUUAAUCUAAAUUUGUUUUAAGAAAAGUAAAAGUUGCUGAUUAUCCCUUUAUAAGCUUCCAAUAAGUUUUUUUUUCUUUCUUUUGAUUCCUGUUGGUCAACAUCAAAUAUACUUACUAAAAUUUGGGGUGAGUAGUUAAGGUUACUUUUAAUUUUAUCUAUUCUUUUUAGUCAGAAAAUGCCUUGAACUUAGAAGAGCGAAUAACCAAUCAGGUCAUUGUGGCAGAUUGCCUUCUCUACCAAGCCAUCCUUGUGUUCACCAAUCAAGAUAUACCCAGCUAUGUAAAAGGUGGAUGGUUGCUACGCAAAGCCUGGAAAAUUUAUGAAAAGUUGCACAAGUAAGUUCAAACUAAUAUUCAUUAACUCAUCUGGUUAUUUAGAUUUUAAAAAAAGUAAUGUUUUGAAAUAAAAUGUUGUAUAAGUAAUGUGAUCUGGACUUUAAUUCACUUAUUUAUCUAUUUACUCUUUCUACUUUAGUCAUUGCUUAACUAUGCAUUAGUUGGUGCUUAGUUGAAAGUCCAUCCGCUUUUACAUUGCUGAAAUUUCAAUUACUUGUUCCUCCUCAGGGAGGUGACACAACUGACUGAAACUUUGGCUCAAAAUAAAAUUGCCAAGCUUCCAAAUUUCUCUUCGUCCGUUGACCCAGCCCCCAAAAAUAAUCCUGGUCCAGAAGGCCCUAAUCACUCUGAAAGCAAUGGUUCUCUUGAUGACAAUGAGGACCUGGAGUUGACGGUGGAUGUCCUGUCUCGUCUAUUGGGAGCUGUCAACUUUGGCUAUGGAACAUUUCAACUCUGUAUAUCCAUGGUGCCCCCCAAAAUACUUAAGCUCAUAGAAUUCUUUGGUUUUGAGGGUGACAGAGAGGUGAGAGGUUCUCAAAUGUUCUUAUGUUUUUGAAUAUUUGGUGGAUAUGUAGUCAAACUUAACAGCUAAAAUCAUGGAGGAACAUAUAAAAAAAUACUAUAAAUAAGUGUUAAUUAAAAAAAAAUGCUAUUAAUUGCUUUAAUUAUUUGCUAAAGAAAAUCAACUACAUACUUCCCUUGAAUUUUUAACCUCAGAUUGGGCUGAACUGCCUUGCUUUUACCAGCCAUAGUAAGGAUAUGAAGGCGCCACUGGCAACUUUAGCACUGCUCUGGUAUCACACAGUGCUGAGGCCAUUUUUUGCCUUGGAUGGGGCCAACCAAUUUCAAGCAGGUUUGUUUCAACCAUUGCUUAUGUAUUGCUGUUUUCAUGGGGGGGUUAACAUGCCUACCGUGUCAUGGUGCUGCCAUAAGAUUUCAACCAAAGUACUUACAUCCUUGUUAUAAGUAAUAUUCAUCAGAUUAAAAAGGGUAUGGAUUCAGAAGGUGCUCAAACAAAAUUAAAAAGACCCCUGCUUGUGUUGUAAACAAAGAGAUCUGAGAUUGCUGCUAUGAAAAAGUGAUAGUUAUAUUUGUUUGCUUGUGCCUAGAUAGACUUAAAAUCAUUUUUUAAAGCAUCAAAGACUUGACUCUGUUGGUUACAAUGAAGUAUUAUAAAAAUAUCAUCAGGGACAAAAGAAGCAGAGGCCAUCAUUAAGCAGAAAGAGGGAGAAUUCACCAAUUCUUCCUUGUUUUUAUUCUUCCAAGGCCGGAUACAUCGGUUAGAGGUAAGUUGAACUUUUAAUGAAAAUUUAUUGUUAACUUUGUCUGUUAUAUCAUGAGACAUCCCCUUUAUUAGACAGAUUGUAAUCCAGUUUGGUAAUGAGACUCUGCAUACCAUACAGUUUCAUCCAAUGACUUUGUGCUAAAUUGAAUAUGUUCCUAGAACUGAAUAGCGAUUUUUCAACAAAAAAAAACUUUUUUAACACAUCACAUUUUAAAUUUUUUUGGUUUCGGAUACUGCUCCUAAGAUAAUUGAACAGGCUUAGUAACACAGAGAGACUGCCUGAAUUUGAAUAAAUCAUGUUUAAGUAAGAAUUGAUAAAGGUUGUUGACCUGAAAGUGUCAAGUAUUUGAUAUUCUGGAAAAAAAUGAAACGCCCACAUUAUUUUAAAACCUUCCCCAGAAUCUCAUCCAAAUCUGUUUUGUGUUAAAAUUAUGUAAAAAAUGUUAGGGUGAUAAGAAGAUAGAAUUCAAGUUUUUAUUUUUUUUUAAAAUUGUUUAAUUUAAUUAAUUUAAAAAGAUUUCUCAGUUUUUUUUCUUUGUUUCCAUUUAGAAAAAAAAUGAUCUGUCCUUGAAGUUGUACAAAAGAGCUUUAGUGGAAGCUAAAGGCCAAAGAGAGAUAGAGCUGAUGUGUCUGUAUGAAAUAAGUAAGUGCUGAAAAAAGGCUUCUUAAACUUACUUACUCAUCACCUGGAAGAGCUUCGCUUGUGUGUUGCCCAUGUGCACUUUUAUUAUGGAUUAGCCAAAAAAAACAACAACAAAAAAGUAUCUGAGUGUCAUAAAAAAUAUUGUGAAAAAUAUAAAUAUAGAUAAACACCAUAAUUUAUUCUUGUCUGCUGAUGGCUUUUAUUGUAUUUGAUAAAAUAUUUUUUUUAAAGAAUUGUUUGAAAAAAAUUAAAAAAAUUAUAACAGAUUUUCUGAGUAGCCUGGUAGUAGACCUUGUGAAAUGUUGUUAGAGGCAUUUGUUGUCUUCUGGCCUAUAAUUGCAGCAUAACAUGGUGAAAUAUAUAAACAAUCAAGAAUGUUCAUCAAAACAGUUUUUAUACCAUUUUUCUCUAUUUCUAAGAAUGAAUUAUCUCGAUACAGCUGUAAAUAUUUCUGAUUUAUAACAUUUGUCCAUUUAUGCCCUCAGGUUGGUGCCAUGUGUUAAAAUUGCAGUGGAAAGAGGCCCAAGAGGGUUUUAUAAGGCUUCAGAAAGAAUCCAAGUGGUCACAAGCAUAUUAUACAUAUCUGGUAGCCGGUGAGUUGUUGAUUGUUGAGCUGCUGGUCAUUGAUCUGCUGGGGGUUUAUAAUUCUGCCAUGGCUGUUUUAGGGUAGUUAACAACCAAAUAUGUCUUUUUUUUUAAAUUUCUGCUGCAGGCUCUUAGAUUCACAGCCAUUGUCUAAUUUGUUAUGUCAGAAAUAGAGUAACUUCUGCUUAAUUUUCCAUUGCUUUUUUGUGUGUGUGUGUCAUUGUGUACAAAAUGCCAUUCUAACAUAAAGAUCCUUUUUUGUGAGCUGAUUCAUACGUAAACACCCCCAUCCCCACCUCUCCAUUUUUUCUGCUCGCGUAACAUUUUUGCAGUUCCUGUUUUAUAUUUUGAUAUUUUUAAAUAUUUUGAUUUAUGUAGUUCCUGUUCUCUUCUUUAAGAAGAUUGUGGUGGUUACAUCGUAGAAAGAAUAAAGACUUGUAAGUUAGGUUAUUUGCCCUCCAAUUUUUGGACCAUUUCUGUUCACAGUUUGCAUAGGAUCUCAGGGAGAGGUGGAGGCAGCGCAUGAUAUUUUUCACAAAGUGCCAGGACUUAUCAAGAGGAAGAACAAUCAGAUAGAGGCCUUUGUUGGCAGGAGGGUGAGUCAAACCUUUUCUAGCACUUGAGUAAUGAUUGUUUGUUGGCAGGAGGGAGAGUGAAACCUUUUCUAACACUUGAGUGAUGAUUGUUUGUUGGCAGGAGGGUGAGUGAAACCUUUUGUAGCACUUGAGUGAUGAUUGUUUGUUUGUUUGUUUUAUCUCUCCUAAACAUCUAUGAACAAAAUUUCUUAAAGCUGAAAUUACUAAUACAUCUCUGUGUUGCGAUACAUUGUAAUCCAUCUAAUAUUACCUGGUCAUUGACUUACUUUACCAAUAUAUUUGUAUGUGAUUAAAUAGAAAUAAUGUUUUUAAGAUAUCCUGCAUUAAAUUAAACAAUGCUCAUGUAAAACAAACAUAGAAAGGGUUUAGCUCUGCAUGCACCCCCCCCCCCCACACACCAGAUAUUGUUUGUCUUUUGCAUAGAUAAAAAUUUAAAGGAAAUGAUCGCAACAAACUUAACCUUGCUUAAUAAAUAUAAUUAAUUUUGCUCCUUGAGCCAAACUCAAAACAUGAUAAGAUUUACCCAGGCUGCCGCUAAGUUUUAUUUUAUUCUGAAAUAACAAUUCAUACCAGGAUGCUAAAUCUGGAGGAUUUUAUUGUUUCUCACUACGGAAAUGGAUAUUAAUGUAUUGAUAUUGACAGGCUGAAAAGUUUAAAAAACAGAAACCCACCCAAGAACACUGUCGCCUUCUGACUCUUGAGAUGAUAUUUUUGUGGCACGCCCUUCCUACCUGCACUCCUGAGGAGUUGAAACCACUACUGAAUGGUGAGUCCUCAAUAAAGAUUGCCAAAGGUCUUGUGAGUUGAAACCACUACUGAAUGGUGAGUCCUCAAUAAAGAUUGCCAAAAGUCUUGUGAGUUGAAACCACUACUGAAUGGUGAGUCCUCAAUAAAGAUUGCCAAAAGUCUUGUGAGUUGAAACCACUAUUGAAUGGUGAGUCCUCAAUAAAGUUUGCCACAGUCUAGUGAGUUGAAACCAAGUAGUUUUUAUGUUAGUUUUACAAAAGAUGCCCUAUGUCAAAUUCUUUACUUUUACUAGAGUUUUCAAAGGUGCCCUAUGCUAAAUUCUUUACUUUUACUAGAGUUUUCAAAGGUGCCCUAUGCUAAAUUCUAAACUGCAAAGUAGUGAAUACUUUUUAAAAUUUAAGGGUUAGGCAAAAAAUAAAUGAAAUAUGUUAGGGUCACAAAAUGUCAUUGAUCUAAUUCAACUGUUUACUGUUUCUAGAGACUUCUAUGAACAUUUGCUGCUGUGUCGUUGGUUUGCACCACAUCCACUAGAUGUAGCAUCCUAUCGCAUCGAAUUGAAAAUGGAAAUAAAAUUAUUAAAAUUUUGAAAUGUUUUGCCGCGCCCCUUACGAGGAAGCCUCAGCGUUUCAGUUUAAUGUGGCCCAAAAGUUAAGAACCACUGGAUCUAUGCAUCACUUUAACAUGUAGUCCCCUUACAGCAUAGGCAGAAGCUUAUCAAUUAAUCUUAGCCAGAUUCAAGGGACACAAACAAUGUAUGUAAAUAAAACAAUGCAGCUGAGCUUUAAUUAGGAUCAGACAAAGUUUAAAUUCAAACGUUUCCGCUCAUGCCUUCUUCAUCGGUGCAGUAAAAAAACAAAAAAACAUUGAUAUAAUUAUAACUUAAUCUCAUAACCUUAACCUAUAAUCUUUCAAAGUGGAAGGAGCAUCUGUUUUCAAUGUCGACAGAAUCAACUCAAAAGUCAAUGAAGACAGUUCAGUUUUUCGGAAGCAAUCUUAACCAAAUCGAUACAAGAUCUGAAUGAUCACCACUAUUUUUUUGGAUAAUGGAUAUUUUCAUGCAAUGUUCUUUAACAAAGAGUUUGUUGAAAGAUCCAGAUUCUUACCUCACACAUGACAUAAUCUAUUAUUUACAUCCAUGAGAGCUUUAACUCAUGUCAUCCAUCAUAUGUACUUAUUUACAACUUGACCUCAACCCAACUCUCCCUCUCCACCAUCUCUCUCUCACCCACACACACGUUAUCUGUCCCAUAUACACUUAUUUCCAUCCAGUGUGUGACAUGCAAAGUGACCACAACCUAAUGCCACUCAAAUGUCUACUGGAGGGUGCCUUGUACAAAGAGCUCGGCGAGGAUGAGAUGGCCGUCAAUGUAAGUCAUCGCUGAUUUUGGUUUUCAAUGAAAAUAUGAAAGUGAACUACUAUGAAAAUAUUUGCCAAGUUGAUAGCAAGCUACAGGAAAAGGGGACUGUAUUUUUAUAUGUGUGUUCCUUUUAUGUCUCAUACUUCUCAAGUUUCUUUACUCUCUCAGUCUUAACCUCCCCAUCUCUUGUGUUGAUUAUUGUUGUACUCUAGUUGCUAACUUUGUAGCAGCUUCACUUUGUCUACUGCUUCGGUUUUAAUGCUAAGAAUGAUCUGUUAAUUAAACCCAAGAUUUCUUUAUUGGGCCAAUAUUUCAUUGGUCAUUGGGUCAAUGAAUGUACAAUUGGAUUUGGGCAAAUCUUUCAUUGGUCAGUGUACAGUUUCAUUUUGGAAAAUCUUUCAUUAGUCAGUGUACGGCUUUAUUUGGGGAAAUCUUUAAUUGGUCAGUGUACAGCUGCAUUUGAUUAAUUAAGAUAUAUUCAUAAUAUUUAAAGAUUAAAUUAGUUAAUUAUGUAUACAUAUUUAAGAACAUAUCUUCCUUAGAAAAUCAACUUGCCUUAUGUUUCUACGACUCUUACAUUUUUUCAGUCAGACAUCUUCAAGCCUUACAGUAUCAUUAAUAGUAUUCCUGACUUUAGUUUCUGAAAGAAUUCCUACCAAUGAUUACGAUUAAAAAAUUGUUUGUCUUUUCUUUGCAUUGAUUGUAAGCAGUGUCUGAAGGAAGCGCUGGCCAGGCACCAGGGUAAAAAAGAUGACCAGUACAUCCCAGCGUUUACUUUGUUUGAACUCGCUUCCAUUUACAUGAAACAGCCACAGGUUAGUCACAGCCCCAACACCAUGUGACAGCUGGUAUACAUUUAAAAAACGACAUGCAUGCAUUUAACAACCACUAUGGGGUUUAUCACAUCUAACCUAUCAUCAUGCAUAUCAUUAAUAUACUUUAGAUACUUAUAAUACAGCUGUAGUUUCAUUCUUCACAUCUUCUAUAUGGAUUUGGGCUGGUGGUGGGAAAAGCAAAUGUUUCCAUUAUUGAAAUGAUUAAUAAUCACAGUACAGCAAUACCUUGUACAUUCGUGUUUCUGGAAUCGCGAGGUUUUAAUUUGCAUUGGCAAUUUGAUUGGAUAUCUGUAACCUCUAUGCACAGUAAUGUUUUCUUUAUUUGAUUGAAUUGUGCCUUUGUUCUAUGAUGACUUUUGUGACAUAUGAAGUUUACCUAGUUUACCUUCCAACAAUGACAAGUAAAAAUUAUUGGGUUCACAAUCCUAUUGGUUACUUGGUUUUACCUUUCCCUGAAUGCGAAAGAAAACGGCAGCCAAUGAAUUAGCAUACUGUGGGGGGUAACAUUGGUCUACUAUACCAUAAAUGUGGCAAAUAGCCAUUAGACGAUAGGGUUCUCUAUUUUUAUGUCUACCAUUAUUUUUUUUUGCGUCAACCAAAGUGCAAUGUAUUAAGCUAACUUUUAAAUGGAAUUAAAGUGAUUCGGUAGCAUGAUUUGGGUCAUAUUUAGUGGUUAAACUUUUAAAAAAAUAAAUAAUAAAGCAUUUAUUAGCAUUUUGAGUGACUCCUACCAAACAUUUGCCAUUCCUCCUGAUCCACGGCGGGUUCAUUAACCUCAUGAAUGUUCGAUGUAUUACCCUAUACCAUAAAUGGUGAAUGAGGUAUCUCAUCCAUAGUGUAAAAAGAAUUUCUUGCUGAAGUCAUUCCAUUGUUAAAAGGGGUUAUCUUGUACAUGUCAUUUUCUAAAAUUUAGAAGAAAAAAAAGGUGGACGGAGGGAGUGUGUUGCACUCCCAAUAAGUCAACCCUGUACCCCAUAUUUCAUCUCUUUCAGACUGUUCAAGAAGGGAAAAGUCACCUCCAGCUAAUUAAAGACAACUACAAAGAUUAUGACUUUGAGAACCGGCUCAGUGUACGAGUCAACAACGCACUGAAACGCUUGAAAGCAGCUCCUGGGAAUUCUGGAGUCUAAGGGGGUUUUUGGGGAGGAGGCUAGCUUCUGAUCAAGUGACGCCCCGAGCAAUAAAUGCACGUGAAUAUCAUCAUUAGGGGAACCAACAGUUUCUAAUAGGUUACCAUGAGAAAUAAUUGCUCGUUAAUAUCAUUAGGGGAAACAACAGUUUCUAAAAGGUUACCAUGAGAAAUAAUUGCUCAUUAAUAUCAUUAGGGGAAACAACAGUAUCUAAUAGGUUACCAUGAGAAAUUCUAAUGAAAUUUAUGUAAAUAAUAAAAUGGGCAUCUAUUUUUUUUUCUAUUCUCUUCAUAAAUCUUCCAGAACUAAUUAAUUCGGGGUGAUUUUUUAAAAAUAACAUUUACACAUACUCUAGAAACGCCAUAUCAAUUGUGUGUGUGUGUAACUAAGACGAAAUGGUUUUUGUCUUGUGAGGUGAGGGGUGGGCAGGUGAGGUUAGAUUGGAGACGAUGGAUAAUUGAUGAAACAUGAGAUUAUUGGCCUUGUAAAGGAAGAUUGUUAGAAGAAUGUUUAUAUUAAAAGGUGGCUUCAUGUCAAUGAAACAUGAGAAAGUGGUUGUCUUUGACUUUAUUAAAAAAAAAGGGAAGAUUUCCGUAUGAAAUGUCAUUUGGUAGGUUUACAACUUUUCUACUAUGUACGCGUGAUGUAAUGCAGCUAGUAUUUAGGCUUAGUUGGCAGUGAUGUUUGGUGAACCUAUGAAUGUGAUAUGCAUCCUUUUGACCAUGUGAUACAUUUAAAGAAUGCAAGUGUGGUUAAACGACCUCAAUGACUGAAUACUUUAGUUACGUUCUGACUGAAUUUUCACCAUUAUAUCAGUUGGUGGGGGAGGAAAACUAACAGUAAUGAUGCAUGUGGGGAGUUGUUAUCAUGUUGUAACUGUAGACUCACUACUGUCAGUUAACUGAAGACAUUGAAACAACCAACCUACCACUCAGGGAAAGCAGCAGUUGCUAGAAAAGCCAGACAAUUUUUCCAGUUGAUUUUUAACAUCAUAAAUAAUAAACCUUUUAGAAUUUUUAGCUUUAUCUUUCAAACGAAUAGAUCAAAAGUGUGUGACAUGCAAACUGACCACAGUAAACUUUAUGGGUGCAACUCUACAGAAGAAUUAAAGAAGAAACCCAUUGUCUCCACGUAAAUAAAACAAGGGAUCACUCAACUGAUCUAGAACCAUAAUUUUUUAUUUUUUUUUUACUGCAGGAGACUUAGACAACAAGGAAUUAGCUGCAGUUAGUUUAGCUUCUAUGUCCUUUGAUGUUCUGUUAUAUGUGCAUAGCCAUAUUAUGUUGAAUGCCUGUACAUGUAAAAUAUGCUUUCACAAAUCAGCUUAUGACAUCAUGUCAUAGGAUAUUUAUUGAUAGGUAAUUUAUUAUCUGUAAAUUAUACAUUAUUUACAAUGCUGAAUUAUCAGUAUGUGGUGCAUGAAAUGAGAAAGCGGUGAUGUGUGUGCUCAAUAUCGGGUGUAGAUUCAUGCCUUGUGUUGAUGAAAUAAUUAUGUGCUCCAUUUUUUUGUGCAUAAACCAAUGACAUCAUUGCAUCCAGAGAAAUAAAAUUCAGUGGGUCAAAAUAAAUCAUCUCUGUCCAGGUGAAGCCUUUCUUUCUUUCUUUUUUGUACAUAAGCUUCGUACUUGUGAUUCUCUAAAACUUGAGGGAAAACAUAAUGCUUAUAAUUAAAUGGCUUUAGAAUGUUGACAUUUUAAAAAAAUACAGAAUAAAAUUAUGUACUUCCUAUUUAGAAUCACAAGUAUGCAGUUUUUGUUUUAUAAAUCAGUUGAAUAAACAUGUUAUUCUUGAUUGUUUAAAAAAAAAAUUUGUGUGGACUCAUUCUUAUUUAGUUAUGUUGGUGUUCAUUGCUCAUCCCAAGGAAAUAAGGUAAAAAUAUUGCAUUUAAAAAAUAUUUUAUGUCUUGACUGAAAAAUUUUGAGAAAGAGUUUUUGACAGUUGAGUAGGAGAUAAAAAUAUUGAGACUUACACUUGCGAGGUACUCUUUUAGAAUAUGAUUAUCUAAUAUUCAAGACUCAAACCAGACUUCCCUCCUCCUUCUCAAUUCACUCUGCCAGGUUCUUUUACAAGAAAGGACCAGACUUCUCAAAAAGGUUUGAGUGUGUAUGAUAAACCAAGACUUUUAUUCGAGUGAUGUCCUUGUGAGUGAGACAUGAACUGAGGCAGGAACAAAACAGCACCCUUGGAACAGCUUCCUUCAGUAAGGUUGAAAGUCUCCUUCAGUGUAUGUUUGAAAGCCUCCUUCAGUGUAUGUUUGAAAGCCUACUUCAAUAUGUUUGAAGGCCUCCUUCAGUAUGGCUGGUGGCAUCCUUCAGUACGGCUGGUGACCCCCUUCAGUACGGCUUGUGGCCUCCUUCAGUACGGCUGGUGGCCUCCUUCAGUACGGCUGGUGGCCUCCUUUAGUUCUUCUUCUUCUAUAUCUUAAGGGCCCACGAUCAAUUUAUUGAUCAUUUUGGCUCCUAUGGUUUGGUUGGUGGCCUCCUUCAGUACGGUUAAUAGAUUAUAUCAUUAGAUGGAUACUUAGCCCACAGCUCAAUCCCCCUAUGAGCUGCAGUACCUUAAAUGAUGGCAUUUCAUUGCAAAUUUUUUUACUGCAAAUGAUCCUUGAAAUUCAUUUAUUUCAGUCACCUUUUAUUUCAUAAAAUAUUAUUUUUGGGCUUGUAUAGAGAUGUAACGUUUCUUACGCCUCUGUUUACUGAUGCAAUAGAAUGUAUGGUUACACAUGUGUCCGAACAAAAAAGGAACCCUUUUGAUAAUGAUGAAAAACACUAUUUAAUGCUCAUCAAUUUAAAAACUCCAACUCAUUUUAUGACUACUUACAAAAAGUAUUGAAAGGUCUCUGACAAUAAGUUAGAAUUAAAAUUAGUUUUGGAAUUUUAAACAUUGAUAAAUAUUUACCAUCUAUUUUUAUCAUCAUAAAAAAAGGGUUCCCUUUAAUCUCGGACACUGGCAGAUAGGAUUAUUUUUUUUAAAUCUAAUGUUAUAGGAAGUUAUAGAACGUCUGAGAAGGAACACUGGCUUUCAUCCUAACCAGGGCAACAUCAUAGAAUAUUUUAUUUAUUAGAUUAUAUCUGAAAGUUAGUAUCUUGGCCUAAAGUGAGUCACAUUCAGUAGAGCUCUUGAAAUCUGGUUUUUGUAG